AUGAAUGCGCAACCCAAGUCGGGCGUGGCAUUGGCCGCCCGCUACACCAUACCUUUUGUUCUGCUGUUAAUCCCCUUUUGGAUGACGAGGAUCAAUGCCGUCGUUCCCGAACCGUAUCUGGAUGAGGCCUUCCAUGUCCCCCAGGCUCAGGCCUACUGGGCUCAUAAGUGGACGCAUUGGGAUCCCAAGAUCACCACUCCCCCGGGACUUUAUCUUUGGUCCUAUGUGCUGUGCGCUAUCGCGCUCUUCCUGCGCGGUUCCCCCACGCAGCUUACCCCGGAAGCUUUGCGUGCGACCAACGUGGCAGCCACCGCCGUGGCUCUGCCGUUGCGAUUGCAGACGUUGUUGGAUCGGCUGCGCAAAGUACGCAACACGCGUCCCUCUGGAGCAUGGCUAAGCCAUACCGUUCUGAACAUCUGCCUGUUCCCGCCACUGUUCUUCUUCUCCGGCCUAUACUAUACCGAUAUUCUUGCGCUGCUGGUGGUCAUUGAGGCGUACAACUGGGACCUGAAACGCUCGUCGCAGGGUGGCUUUGCCCCGCUUCAGACUUUGGUGUUUGUCGUGCUGGGGCUGGUGGCGCUGGUCUUCAGACAGACGAACAUCUUCUGGGUGGCGAUCUUCCUGGGUGGGCUGCAGGUCGUGCGGCGGUUGCGGUUAUCUUCUAAGAGAUGCGAGGCGUCGGGACUCGCGGAUAUUGCUCAGGCAGGGUGGAAGAACGAGCUGUAUGAUCCGUUUGUGUCGGAAGCUUCAAUUGGAGACUACUUCAAAGCGUCUGUUUCGCUGGUGGUUGUUGCCGUGAACAACCUCGGCACGGUGAUUACCUCUGCUCUUCCGUACUUGCUUAUACUUGCUGGGUUUGGAGGGUUCGUGCUGUGGAAUGAUGGUGUCGUUCUUGGACACAAGGAGUACCAUACUGCUGGGCUGCAUCUGCCCCAGAUGCUCUACAUCUGGCCCUACUUCGUCUUCUUUUCAUGGCCUCUCCUCCUGUCGCCGGUCGCCAACCUGGUUCUUCCGAAGUCGCUUCUGCCCAAGUUUAUCGACUUUGGCUUCCCGAAGAAGCAAAAGGGCCUUCCUAAGCUGUUGACGGCUCUUGUUGUUAUUCCCAUUAUGCUGGCUGUGGUCCACUUCAACACCAUCGUCCAUCCCUUUACCCUGGCCGACAACCGUCACUAUGUCUUUUACGUAUUCCGCAUCCUUCUGCGUAUUCACCCGGCUAUCAAGUAUGCUGCUGUCGCAGUGUACUUCCUCUGCGCGUGGAUGGUCAUUUCUGCCUUUGGAUUCUCAACGACUACCACGCCUCCCCAGUUGAUGCGUGUCCCGCAGACAGCAGCCCCUCAGCCUGAGCCAGUGCCACAGAAAGAGCCCAGCCAGAAGAAGGCCGAGCGUCGAAAGGCAGCUAAGAAGCCCGCACAGCCGCCCAAGCCGGAGCCGAUCUCUUUUGAGGCGUACGCCAGGAUUCAGGAGCACAUUGCGCACCGGCAGAAGCAGCACCAGGGCGCGCCGCAGGUGAGCUUUGUGCUUGUCUGGUUGGCGGCCACGGCACUGUCGCUCAUCACGGCGCCGCUUGUCGAGCCGCGAUACUUCAUCAUUCCGUGGGUGAUGUGGCGGCUGCAUCUGCCCCCGCAGCCGACGCCCCUCGUGCACCGUCAGAGGGCGCGCGAUGCGACUGAAGAGCUCAACGCGAAGGUUGCCACGAACAUGGCGCUGUUCCUGGAGACGUAUUGGUUCUUGGUGAUCAAUGCGGUGACGGGAUACAUCUUCCUGUACUGUGGGUUUGAAUGGCCCCAGGAACCAGGGAAGGUCCAGCGCUUCAUAUCUGAAUAUUUUCGUGGUUGUGAAGCAAACCUUCUACCUAUGAUGUUGGCAAUAUCCAGAUGUAACCGGUAUGCUAUCCGCCAUCACCGCAUCUCCCUCACCACCUUCUCACCUCACCUCAACCGCAACAUGGAAGAACCAGACCGGCCUGCCAAACGGGCCAAGUUAUCCUCCAACAUAGAUAAUGCAGACAAUGACUCCAAUCAAGCGAGCAACAGCAGCAGCAUUGAGAGUAACAACCACCCCCUAGCAUCCCUGCACCGCUCCAUAACACCUCCAUUGCUCUCCCGCUCCAAGGGACCAAAAAUACCGCCACAACCACAACACAAUGCCACCCAUCCAGCAUCACCCAGCACGCAGAAAACCAAAAAGAACAACGAUAGAGAAAUAAACAAGGAGAGUAUAAUACCCUCUCCCAUUCAACUAACCCACAUCCGGGACCUCCCCGCCUCCUCAGGUCACAACACCGACACUGUCCGACUGCGCGACAUUCUCGGCGAUCCAUUGAUCCGCGAAUGCUGGCAGUUCAAUUACCUCUUUGACGUGGACUUUUUGAUGAGCCAGUUUGAUGAGGAUGUGAGACGGCUGGUCAAGGUGAAAGUUGUGCAUGGCUCGUGGAAGAGAGAUGCGCCGAACCGGCAGAGGAUUGAUGAAGCAUGUACACGUCACCCCAACGUCGAGGCAAUAGUGGCCUACAUGCCAGAAGCGUUCGGGACCCAUCAUUCCAAGAUGAUGAUUUUGUUGAGACAUGAUGAUUUGACUCAAGUGGUCAUCCACACGGCAAACAUGAUAGCAGGCGACUGGGCAAAUAUGUGCCAGGCCGUCUGGCGAUCUCCUCUUCUUCCACUCUGUUCCGAUGGAAGUGGGAGUGAAAAUAUAGCCACCCCCGGGGCACGCUUCAAGCGCGACCUCCUCUCAUAUCUACGAGAGUACGGGCAGAGGAAAACCGGUCCGCUUGUUGCGCAGCUUGAGAAACACGACUUCAGUGCUGUCCGCGCAGCAUUGAUCGCUAGUGUCCCCUCGAAGCAGAAGAUCCGGGAGUCGACUGAUUCGAACCGGAAGACGCUGUGGGGGUGGUUAGCUCUAAGGGAUGUCCUGCGGUCGGUGCCUGUUUCUCCUUCAGAGGAUAGACCGCAUAUUGUAACUCAGAUAUCCUCCGUCGCCUCUCUCGGCCAAACUGACAAAUGGCUCAAGGACGUCUUCUUCGCGUCCCUUUCCCCGUCAUCAAACAACCACAAACCAAGAUUCUCGAUCAUUUUCCCCACCCCUGAUGAAAUCCGCCGCUCCCUGAACGGCUACGGCUCCGGCGGCUCCAUCCACAUGAAGCUACAGAGCGCCGCGCAACAGAAACAGCUGCAGUACAUGAGGCCGUAUCUGUGUCACUGGGCUGGAGAUGUUGCUGAGGACGAGGUGAAAAUGAAACGAGAAGCAGGUCGUCGCCGUGCGGCACCGCACAUCAAGACAUAUAUGCGGUACUCGUCAUCGGAGAUGGACCGGAUUGAUUGGGCGAUGGUGACAUCGGCGAAUUUGUCGACGCAGGCGUGGGGAGCAGCGGUGAAUGCUAACGGGGAGGUGAGGAUAUGUAGUUGGGAGAUAGGGGUUGUGGUUUGGCCGGAGUUGAUUGCCGGUGCUGGUGCUGAGGGGAGGAGUGUGAUGAUGCCUUGCUUUCGGAGGGAUAUGCCUGAUGCAGAUGCGGUUGCGGCUGCAGAUGCAAAUGCAAAUGCAGAUGAAAAGGAAAUUCCUACUACGACUACGGUUGGCUUUCGAAUGCCCUACGACCUGCCGUUGACGAGGUACAGCGAGACGGAUAUACCCUGGUGUGCGACGGCUAGUCAUAGCGAGCCGGACUGGCUGGGGCAGACGUGGGAGGGAUAGCCUAUAUUCUGAUCUCUU